AGACGUAGAAAGCGGAAGAGACAGUACAGAUAAAGAUUCCAUAGAGUCUCUGUCAUGGACCCAACAGAAUGUCGAAAUAACAAGUCUAUGAUGCUCUAGCUUUCUCCAAUUUCUACAAAUUUUCCCGCACUCCAUAUGGAAUCUUUGCUUUAAUCAUAUUUGGUCACUGUAAUAAUGUAUAUAGCAGGGCAUCUUUGAAACUUUGAAGCAGGAAAAAAGCAUCCACACUUGAAUUAGAAAAAGUGACUGGCAUCUUCUUCCUUCAAGUUUCUUGGAAAUUGCUGAGCUUUUAGGCUUUAUUAAACAACCCAUAGUCAGUUCCAUCUUCACCUGUGUCGUUUCUUGUUUUGUCCUUUGGCUAUAAUGAAGCAGCUCAAUUCUUCCGCCAGAAUCCUGGUAACGCUGCUCUUCUUGUUAGUAUUUGGCAGAGCAUAUGAUGUGAAGACUGUAAGGAAGCCCUACAUUGUGCACAUGAUGAAAUCUAUGAAACCCCAACAUUUUCCUUUGCAUGAGCUCUGGUAUGCUUCAAUUCUCACCCACGUCACCUCUCCUGCUUCCACGUCAGAUCCGAGUAUCUUGUUAUAUACGUAUGAUGUAGUCCUCCAUGGCUUUGCGGCCAAGCUGAGCAGUGCGGAGGCAGCAGCUUUGGAGAGCGUUAAUGGAUGUCUGGCUGUAACUCCAUCGGCUCUGAAUAAACUUCAUACCACACACUCGCCUCAGUUUCUCGGCCUCACCGACGGUUCCAGACUAUGGUCGCAGCAUUUGAAUCGCGGAGAAGAUGUGAUAGUGGGCAUGGUGGACACGGGAAUAUGGCCUGAGAGCGCAAGCUUCAGUGACAAUGGGUUGGGGCCUGUUCCCUCAAGAUGGAAGGGCGAAUGUGAAAGCGGAGAGCAAUUCAAUUCCUCCAACUGCAACAGAAAACUCAUUGGAGCUCGUUUUCAUUUCUUCAAGGGCUACAAAUCGCGUUCGGGCGAGGAUUUCAGAUCAGCAAGAGACAAUGACGGCCACGGCACGCAUACGGCUUCUACAGCUGCGGGAUCUGCUGUAAGAGGAGCGAGCUACAAUGGGUUUGGCAACGGAACGGCCAUGGGCAUGGCGCCUGCAGCCAGACUGGCCGUGUAUAAGGUCUGCUGGGGACUGGAAGGCUAUUGCGAUGACAGCGACGUAGCUGCUGCCAUGGAAAAAGCCAUAGAAGACGGGGUGGACAUUAUUUCCGUGUCAAUUGGCGGUGACUAUGACAAUCCAUUCUACCAGGAUCACCAAGCCCUGGCAGCAUUCGGGGCCAUACAGAGGGGUGUAUUUGUUUCUGUCUCUGCUGGUAACGACGGUCCUUUCUUCGCUUCUGCUAAAAACACUGCGCCGUGGAUGACUACCGUGGGUGCCAGCAGUAUGGACAGAGAGUUUCUCUCUCCCGUGAAGCUCGGGAAUGGCGAGGUCUUCAAAGGCUCGUCAUUUUACAGAGGACCCGGGAUUCAAAAUCUGCCUCUUGUCUACGAUUUUUGCAGUAAUCACGGUCUCGACCCACAUCUUUUCAAAGGUAAAGUCGUGUUGUGCGAUUCCCACGCCAAUUCAACGGAAACAGCAAGGCUUGUGAAGAAUGCUGGCGCAGCAGGAAUGAUAUUUGUCAACUAUGAAGUCGAUGGCGCCCAAGAUUUUCCCAUCGAGGAAUCAUAUCUGCCGGCUACCAGCGUGAGUUUUCGAACGGGAGAAAAGAUAAAAGCCUACGCUAACAGCACGGAGGCGCCCACGGCCACCAUUAACCCCAUAGGCCUGACGGUCGUUAGAAAAUCCAUUGCUCCCAUCGUGGCCUCCUUUUCUUCCAGAGGUCCCAGCGUCUCAUAUCCAGACGUCCUUAAGCCGGAUGUGAUCGCUCCAGGUGUGAAUAUCUUGGCAGCGUGGAAGGAUGGUGGGUUCAAUAUAAUUUCCGGGACUUCAAUGGCGUGUCCCCACGUCAGCGGCAUUGCAGCACUCAUACGAGCCGCACAUCCGACGUGGAGUCCUGCUGCGAUCAGAUCGGCUCUCAUGACAACGGCCUCCACACUUGACAAUAGAAAGCAACCCAUCAAAGACGCUCUAACCUUGCGAGCCGCAGACCCGUUUGUGAUGGGUGCAGGUCACGUAAACCCAAUGGCCGCUGUGGAGCCAGGACUAGUGUACGAUUUGGGCCCUCAAGACUACAUCAACUAUCUGUGUGGUGGUCUCAACAACUACACCAAAAAGCAAAUCGCUCUCCUCACCCACAAAUGGCCUCCCUGCCCCAAAUCGGAAUUAGGUGCAGAUCUAAAUUACCCGUCUUUCUCUGUUGUGUUUAAGAAAGGAGAGCGCGUUCAGGUGAAGAGAAGAACGGUGACUAACGUGGGCAGUGACAAUGGCGUAUACAAAGUGUGGGUGAAGAGCAGCCAAAGCGUAAAGGUAAGCGUGGAGCCAAGUACAUUGGUGUUCAAGAGACGACAUGACCAAGCAAGUUUUGAAGUGAGAUUGGAAAGCAAAGUGAAGGAGGGUGACAAGGGUGAGUACGGGGAAAUAACGUGGAAAUGCAUCCAAGGUGGAACGCACGUUGUUCGUAGCCCAAUUACCUUUCUCUGGGCGGUUUGAAGUGGAGAAAAUACAAGUAUUAUAAAAAAAUAAUGAUCUUGUAGAAUGGAGUAAUAUUUUUUAAUGUAGCUUUAAAAUUGUUCGGAUAAGAGUUUGGAAUAUUUUUGUGUUUUCUAUCUAUUUGAUGUAAUGGAUGGGGCUUAACAGACACAUUCUAAGAGUUGACGCUUAGAUGGCCAGAUCCACAAUCACCCUCAAAUCUGAUUUUUUUCCUUUUGAUGUUCUUUAAUCCCACGUGUUGGGUGAGAACAAGCAAGGAAUUAUAAUACUUACAAGUUACAAGGUAGCACAUUAUGGGUAA